AUGCCCGCCCUCGCAAACACCACCCGCGCGAUAGCCCGCUCAUGGACCCAGCACUCGCUGCCCGUCGCGCGGGCGGGCUGCGGCGCCAUGCAGUCCCGCAACCUCUCCGAGGUGCACUCGACGUCCAGCUUCGACAGCCCCUUCAAGGGCCAGGGUAGCUCCACCAAGAUCCCGUCGUUCGGCCACUAUAAGAAGAACUCCGGAAACGAGGACGGCCCUAAGCUCGUGCAGUACUUCAUGGUCGGCACCAUGGGUGCGUUGGCGAGUUUGGGCGCGAAGGCCACCGUGCAAGAUUUCCUUGUCAACAUGUCUGCUUCCGCCGAUGUCCUGGCCCAGGCCAAGGUCGAGAUCGAUCUCGCUGCCAUCCCCGAGGGCAAGAACGUCAUUAUCAAGUGGCGAGGCAAGCCCGUCUUCAUCCGACACCGUACCGAGGGCGAGAUCAAGGAGGCCGAGGACACAAAGUGGGAGGCGCUCCGUGACCCCCAGGCCGACGCGGACCGUGUGAAGAAGCCCGAAUGGUUGAUCAUGCUUGGUGUCUGCACCCAUCUUGGUUGUGUUCCCAUUGGCGAGGCUGGCGACUUCGGCGGCUGGUUCUGCCCUUGCCACGGUUCCCACUACGACAUCUCUGGCCGCAUAAGAAAGGGACCCGCACCGCUCAACCUCGAGGUACCGGAGUACGACUUCCCGGAAGAUGGCAAGGUAGUCAUUGGUUAA